UCUCCCCACCGCCCCUCGGCUUCGCGGAGCCGCUGCUCCUCUGCCUCCCAAGCCUAUGGCCUUGGCCAUCGCGCUCCUCCUCUCGGGGGUCCUGCUCCCCUGCUGGGGAGAGUUCGCGCUCUUUAAAAAGGGGUCUACAAAGGCGAACGGGGCUAGGUGCUCCCACCACUCUGAGUGUUUCAGUGACUGCUGUCUCGUCAACUUGGACUCCGGUGGCGCCUUCUGUGCCCCUCGGGCCAGAAUAACCAUGACGUGCUUGCCCCAGACCAGGAGCGCCAUCAACAUCGUAUGUCCCUGCCGAGCAGGCCUGAAUUGCAUACACAAGGACCCAGACUGUAGCCGUCGGUGCCGUUUGAUUUAGAGGAGGACGCAGUCUGGUCACUAACACCCUCCUCCCGCCCCUCCUUGAGGGGCCUCAUCUUGCU